CUCGCGUCUUGUCUGCAGGAAAUCAAACGAAGAAGGACACCAGAAAUAAGUCAGAAAGUAGGAUCCGACCUAUCGAUAAAGAACCGACCCAACGCAAGAAUACAAGCUCGUUUUUCACUAUUAUUGUCGUGUAGUUUCUAUAGUUAUUACAUUCACGCAUCGUUCAUUCAGCCUAGACUUAACGCCGCCGCUUUAUUACAAUAUCUUAUCAGCGCACCUUCAAGCUAGCCUAGCUGCUAACAGGGGAACGCGGAAGCUAGCAACGCAUGCUAAGUUUUUUUGUCGUUUAAAAAUGUGUAAAGUCCAAAUGCUGAGAGCGUUGGUGACUGAGCGACUAACGGUUGCCGUUGAAGAAAUAUUUGUAGUUUUGGAAAGAACGAUAGCGGAGUACGAGGAUGAACUUUCUCGAACGAGAGCAGACAACGUGCGACAAUGUCAACUACCGGACGCUGUUUUCGAGCAUCAACUGGAGUCACGCAAAGAUGUCGGUGAGGAAGAUCUUCCCCCUGAGCAGCAGGAGUGGAACUCCAGGAUGGGGCAGGUGGAGCCCUGCCCCGCCCAUUUUAAGGAGAAGCAAGCGUGGACUCAGGAGGACGCUGACAUCAGCAAAAUUCCAGGGAUUCGUGUGAUUGUGAAGAGUGAAGACGACGAUUACAAAGCUCAGUGGUCCCAGCACGAUCACAGUCAAAGUGAGGAGAAGAGAAGAUCAGAAGCGGACCGCCUCUUAGUUCCGUUAAUGGAUAUUGACCACACAUCACCACAGCUCCCUCACACUGAUGGUCAAGACUCCAAAGCUGAUAGGACGGGUGACGCUGGCAACAAACACUUAAAAUGCUCCCAAUGUGACAAAACUUUUAGUGACAGGAGGAAUUUUAAAGCACACACAAGAACACACACAGGAGAAAAACCUUUCAGUUGUUCAUUUUGCAGCAAAAGAUUCCCCCGCAAGGCACAUUUGUCAGCUCACACAAGGCUACACACCGGCGAAAAACCAUUCACCUGCUCAGUCUGCAACACGAAUUUCCGAGAUCGUUCAACGCUGAUCACACACACGAGAACACACACCGGAGAGAAGCCUUUUUUAUGUUCGGUCUGCUACACCAGUUUUAGUGUCAGUUCAACGCUGAUUCAGCACAUGAGAACACACUCCAGGGAGAAACUUUUCUCUUGCUCGGUUUGUGGUAAGGUUUUCUCAAGGAAGAGAAGUUUGACAACACACACAAGAACACACUCCGGAGAGAGACCUUUUUCCUGUUUGGCGUGUAACAUGACGUUCAGGGAUAGCACAGCACUGGGGAGGCACAUGAAAACACACACCGGUGAGAAACCUUUUACUUGCUUGGUCUGCGUACAAAGAUUCUCUCAAAAGGCACAUUUAAUUUCACACAUGAGGACGCACACUGGAGAAAAACCUUUUUGUUGCUCGGUUUGUGGUCAACCAUUCUCCCAGAAAGGACAUUUGUUAAAACACACGAGGACACACACUGGUGAGAAACCAUUCAGUUGCAACGUGUGUGGUGAAAGAUUCACUUACAAAUACCAACUUAACAAACAUGACUGUCUUGGUGAGAGCAGCAGUAAAGCACUUUUCACUGUGUGUUCCUUGUUAAUUACACAUUUGUUGCAUCACAUGCUAAUUGUUGUUGUGAAAAUGUGCAAAGUCCAAAUGCUGCGAGCGUUGGUCAAUGAGCGGAUGACUGCAGUCGUGGAAGAAAUAUUCGUAGUGUUGGAAAGAACGAUAGCGGAGUACGAGGAGGAACUUUGUCGAACGAAAGAGGAGAACGAGCGACAACGUCAACUACUGGACGCUGUUUUCAAACCUCAACAUGAGUCACACAUGACAGAUGUCAGUGAGAAAGAUCUUCCCCCUGAGCAGCGACCAUGGAGCCAGGUGGAGUCACAGCCCCCCCACAUUAAAGAGGAAGAGCAAUUGUGGCUUCAGAAGGAUGCCGACGUCAGCAAGUUUCCGGUGACUUGUGUGAUUGUGAAGAGUGAAGAUGAUGAGGACGGAGCUCAGUGGCCACAGCUUGAUUGCAGUCAAAGACGAUUAGAAGCGGCACGCUUCUUAGCGCCGCUGUCUGAUAAUGAGAAGAUGCCACACUCUCCUGACAGCGACGACGGCGACUUCAGAGGUGACAUUAACAAACACUUUAAAUGUUCUCAAUGUGGCGAAACGUUCGACAGGAAGACGACUUUGAAGAGACACAUGAUGAUCCACACGGGAGGAAAAACAAUCAGGUGCUCAGUUUGCGGUAAGACUUUUAUCCGACAGGCACAUUUGAUUUCGCACAUGAGAACACACACGGGCGAGAAGCCAUUCGCGUGCUCGGUUUGCGGCGAAAGAUUCUCGCUGAAAGGCAACCUGAUCAGACACAAUCGAACGCACACGGGAGAAAAGCCCUUCUCGUGUUCGGUCUGCAACACGCGCUUCAGCGUCCGUCCCGCUCUCAUCCAACACAUGAGAACGCACACCGGCGAGAAACCGUUCCAGUGCUCGUUUUGCGGCGAGAGGUUCUCUCAGAGGGGACAUUUGAUUGGACACACGCGGACGCACACGGGGGAAAAACCCUUUUCCUGCUUGGUCUGCGGUAAAAGGUUCUCAAUAAAAGGGACUUUGAAAGUCCACACGAGAACGCACACCGGCGAGAAACCAUUCAGUUGCAAUGUGUGCGAGAAAAAGUUCUCUUAUAAGCACCAGCUUAACAAACACAAUUGUGCUGGCGAGAGCAGCAGCAGUCAAACACGUUUCCCUGCCUAAAUAUGACUUUUAUUGGAGCAUAAACAUCAGAUAUUUGUGCUUGUAUUUCAUGCCUUUAUGUACAGUAUAUCGUUAAUCCAAAUGUGUAUAAGUCACUUUGUCAUCCAAAUAAUCUAUCUUUCUUCUUGUAGACAAGUUUACAUGUGACCCUAAAUAAAAGAUGAGUGAGACCCUAAUUAGGAGUUAGAGCGUUUGGAAUAUCCAUGACUUUGAGAAGUAUGUUCAUCCAGGAAGGAGUGCUCAUCUGUGGUUUCACCCUUGGGUGGGAUGUUGGGACAGAUUGUCCUGCGUCCAUUGCAUUUUCAGUGUGUGACCCCAAAACGGAAGCGAGUUAGAACACAUGGCGCAUCCCAUUUGGACGUUUGGGGUGUUGCAGUUAUAAUGUCAUAGUUUUUUGCACUAUUUCAAUAUUUUUAAAAAGUAAUGAUGAAGACAAUCACAUUUCUUAAAUCUUAUAUUAAUUUGAAACCUCUAAAGAGGGGGUCGGCAACCCGCGGCUCUAGAGCCGCAUGCGUCUCUUUAGCGCCGCCCUAGUGGCUCCCUGGAGCUUUUUAAAAA